AUGGGAUGCAUCGGCUCCAGGAGACUGACGGUGGAUGGCGUGCCAGUCCAAAAGGAUGGGGAGCAACAUGGACGUUCAGAAUUUUCAUGGGAAGGAAUCAAUCUGUCUAUGGAAGACACCACAUCAAUCCUGCCACGGCUCAAGAGGAAUUCAAACGCCUAUGGCAUCGGGGCUUUGGCUAAGUCUUCUCUGUCAGGUGUGUCAGUUACCCGCACUAUGAAGGAAAGAGUGACCAAACCCACGGCCAUGGCCCAGGGCCGCGUCGCUCACAUGAUCGAAUGGCAGAACUGGGGCAUGCAGACAGUGGGUGCAGGGGGUGUCCUCCAGCCGCGCCCCACCACCCAGGAGCGGGAAAAAGAGCGGCGAUUGGAGAACGACGCCUACAGCGACCUCAGCGAUGGAGAGAAGGAGGCUCGUUUCGCUGCAGGUAUCCUGCAGCAGUUUGCAAUCUCGGAAGCAACGCUCUUGGCAUGGUCAUCGAUGGACGGUGAGAGUCCACGGUCAGGAUCCAACCAGGGCAGCGUGGCUCACCUGAGUGAGGUCAACCAGGAGAGCAUCACCAGUCGAGAUCAGAUACUGCACCACUCAUCAGCAGAGGUGUGGCCUCACACGUAUGUCUCCCAGGGCCACUACUGCCUCUCGUCUUCAGAUGCGUGGGAGCCGACUAACACCGACCCUUCCGGCAUGGGGUCUCCCCCCGCCGGGUCCUACAUUAUGGGGACGGACGGCUAUGACGGGCAGGCGGCGCCUCACUAUCUGUCCCAGCAGCAGCAGCAGCAGCAGCAGUUCAGCCUCCAACAGCAGAAUCAACUACAGCAGCUGCAGCAGAUCCAACAGAUCCAGCACUACCAGCAGCAGCAGCUCCUGCAGUAUCAGCAACAACAGGCUCUGGAGCACAGGCUGCACAGUGCCACCCAGUCUUUGCAAGCGACACCCAACAGCACCAUCCACAGUCUGGUCCAUCCUGUACACCCUCCGUUGGUGGAUCUGUGGAACACGGGGCAGAUGGACGCCUAUCAGGCAGAAGCCGGAGGCUACAUGGGUGUGGCGGCGGUAGUGGAGCCAAGCAUGUGUGUUCCCACUGGAGAGGAAAUGGUGGGAAAUGAACACUCCCCGCUACUGGAGCAGCAGGAGGAGGAGGAGGAGGUCAAGGAGGAGGAAAUAACGCUGUGCAUGGAACCAGAAUCGGCCAUGUUGACUCCACCAAGGCAAGGGGAUGCCUCCGGUGGAAGCAGUCCGGGGCAACCACCAUCAGAACCAAUCACCGAGCGGAAGACCUCUGAUGUCACCUCUGGCCUCAUUCAGACACUUGAGGAAAAAGAAAAGGACGAGGGGCCACCUGCAUCCAUAGCAACCAAUUAA